UCAAUUCUAGUCACUCCAAUUUAUUCGAAUCCUAGCCCUUCAUCUCUUAUGAAAUCAAUGAUUGAGAUUAAAUUCUUUCUUUUCCCUAUUUAUAAACUAUCAAAAACUCUAAACCUAAAACCUCACCUUCUUAUUCUCUCCUCCUCCCUGCCUUCCCUUUCGCACUUCUCUUCGUCUUCUCCUCUCCAGCGAGCUGCCACGCUGCUCCGAUCAGCGGCGACCAGUGAGAGAGGCAGCGAAAUUCCGGCGAGAUGCUCCAGGCGGCGCUUCCCCUUCCCCCUUUUCUCCUUCCCUCUCAGAUCUCUCCUCCCUCCUCUUCUCCUUGUUCUUUUUUUCUCUCUCUUUGCAGGACCACCAGGAAGCAGGCUCCGGUGAAGAACAGUGACAAGCAGCAACGAACCAACGCCAGCAACAACAACCAGACGCUGCCUCAUCUCAAUAUCAGGCGAGCAUCUGUGAAAGCCAGCUCCGACCAGCUGCAAUUCGACGAUUCUCCUCUUUUGCGACGAGGACGGACAACAUACUCCUGCGAGCAUUUCGAGGUUAUGAGACAGAUCUUUAACAGAUCCGUCCAGGAGUUUUCCGUUGUUCGUAGACGAGAAAGACGAGCGAGGGAGAAACAGAUAGUCUCCAUGGCUUCACCAAGUGUAUUCUCAAAUGGCAUAAGGAAAAGUUGUUGAUCGAGGCAGAAUGUGGACUGAGACUCAUAGGAGAAAAGAUGGGGUAAGUAUUCUUUUUGUAGACAAUUACUCGAGUAGAUGAUUAUGGUAGUGCACUAUUUGAGAUUUUGUUCUUUAACUCAAUUUGGCUUAAUUAUAACCCUAGAUAAGAAGGUUUGGUGGUCGAAGAUUAGGGUAGUGGAAUAGUAGGUAGCUUAGUAUUGUCGUACAUUUAUGUGGGAGACGCAGAGGCUAGUCUCUUUUUCUUAUCGUCUUUGUAUCCAGUAGUAAUAUUUGUAUUUACCUAAUAUCUUAUUUAAUAGACAUAGAAUCCAUUGAGACAUCAGAAGAUAAAUAGUAGUAUAAAUCCGACAUAUAAUCCAUUGAGACAUUAAAAAUGUCAAUAUAUAUAGUAUAUUUUUAGUAAUAAAAUCAUUAUAUCAAAUAGUAAUAAAAUAUAAACUAACUAGGUAAUUUACCCACGCUUAGCACGGGCAUAAGAAAUCUUUCUAACCUUUUGAACAACUUUACAAAUGAUCGACUCUUAUAAGAAAAAAAAAGUAAAUUUUCGUAGGGUUUUAGAACAUUUAUAGACAAAUUACACCAGUUUACAUUAUUUCAUGUCUAAAAUUUUUUAAAUGUAUAAUUAAUGAUUUAAAAUAUCUUGAUAUCUAAUUAUUUUUAUAUUUUACAUAAUUAUCAUAUUAUAUGUUUGAUGAUAUAAUAUUCUUGUAAAAGUUGAGUGAUAUUUUUAUGUAGCGAUUAAUAAUAACUUUUUUAUAUACAUGAAAAUAUAGAAUAUGAUAAUUCUAUGGUUAUCAUAACUCCUUGUGUAAAAAAAUUUAUGCUAAUAUUUUUUAUUAUCAAUAUUAUUUAUAAAUAAGUUAUGCCCGUUAAAAACUAUACACCGCAACAACAUAAAUAAUAUUUUUAGAGACAAUAUACUUGUCUGAGGUCAAAUUUUCUCCACUUUUUGUUAAUAUUACUUUGUUAUUCUAAGAAAAAUUUAUACAAGGAGAAAAAUAUAUUUUGAACAACAACAAAAUAAUAUUGUUGCCGUUAUAGAAAUUCAUUCUUCAUUAAACUCUGGAAGGCCCUUCCGGAUUCUUCAUCAAUGCAACUUUACGACUUUUUAGGAAUAUUUAUUUAUGAUUGUUACAUUAUGAAAGUACACAUAAAUUAGAAUGUUAUAUUGUAGACUCAUGUUAAAGAAACAUUUUUGAACAUUAAAAAAUUAAAAAUGAGCUAACCUAGAUAAUUCGAACGCUCAGCAAUGACUUGGGACAUGAAGGACAAAAAAUCUAUAUUAAUAGACAUAUCUUUUAUAGAUUGAAAUAUUACUUUUAUUUAAAGUAGAUUUUGCUACAUAUCCUUCAAAUUAAUCUUGACUAAAAUAGUCGUAACUCACAACAAAAAUAUUUAGAAGAGACGAAUGAAAAGGAAAAAUUAGGAAAACAUAAAAAGGACUAAAAUCGUUAUCAUAGUCAGAUUAUAUACAUACAAACCAAAAGGAAUCAAUAUAAUUGUAAGGAGACAACAUAACAGCGAGAAAAACAUACAUUAAAGGGAGUAAACUAUAGGAUAUUCAAUGAUGAUAACAAAUUAUUCUAACCAGAAAAAUUCUUAUCUUUUGAAAUAACAUACCUCAAAAAACUGAAUAGCAUUUCAAUCAACUUUCAAUCCUUAAAGUAAUCAUAAUAUCGAGUGAUAAAAUUAGGGAUAAUGCACAAGUAUCCCCUCAAUCUAUGUCCGUAUUCUCAGAGACACACUUAUGCUAUAAUAAGAUCAUAUUACAUCCUUGAACUUAUUUUAUUAAUUAUUUUCUACCCUUUUCGGCCUAUGUGGCAUUAUCUUGUGGGCCCAACGCUGGUUGACUUUUUCUUUCAAAUUAGUGCCACGUAGGCU